AUGGGUGGUGAGAGCUGCAUCCCAACCUUGGCCAUGGUCACUGUGCAGGUGGGGUACGCUGGCAUGAACGUGCUAUCCAAGUUGGCCUUGGACGACGGCAUGAGCCCUUUUGUCAUCACUGCUUACCGGCAGGUCGUCGCCACUCUGAUCCUCUUCCCUAUUGCUUUCUUUCUCGAGAGAGAAGCUUUCAGGUUGAUCACAGGCAAAGUCAUCGUCCAGAUUCUCUUCAGCUCCAUCUUUGGGGCAACGUUGAACCAGGUUCUGUACUUUCUCGGGCUUAAAUUAUCAACCCCAACGAUCGCGUGUGCCCUCACCAACAUCCUCCCUGCCAUCACGUUCAUCAUCGCAAUCCCUUUCAGAAUGGAGACGGUGGGUUUUAGAACACUAGCAGGCCAGGCCAAAGUCGUAGGAACAGUUCUAUGCGUAGGCGGCUCCAUGCUGAUGACUUUCUACAGAGGAGGCCUCAUCAGGAUGUGGUCAUCUCCUAUUCACUGGAGGUACGCCGAGGAGAUGAGCAGGAACGCCGGCGCCGACGCCGGCAGCCAGAACAUGGCCCUCGGUGCCGCCUUGGUCAUCGUCAGCUGCUUAGCUUGGGCAAUAUGGUUCAUCAUCCAAGCAAAGAUGAGCAAGAGCUUCUCUUCUCCUUACACCAGCUCGGCCAUGCUGUGCUUCAUGGCGGGCGUCCAGUGCCUGGUUUUAGCUGCCUGUACCGACAGAAAAGCGUCAGCGUGGGCGAUGGGUUGGGACAUCAGGCUCGCCGCCGCCGUCUAUGCUGGCUUGAUUGGCUCCGGAUUGGCCGUUUCACUCAUGUCAUGGUGCAUUGCGAAAAGAGGUCCUCUGUUCGUCUCAAUGUUCAGCCCGCUGCUACUGAUUACUGUGGCAGUCUUCGGCUGGGCGAUCCUCGAUGAGAAGCUCUACGUGGGAAGUGCAAUAGGAUCAGUGUUGAUAGUUGGAGGGCUGUACAUGGUUCUUUGGGGAAAAGGUAGGGAGAUUAAGCAGCUGGGUCAGAUUCAGGUAGUAGACAAAGAGGAAGAUGACGAGGAAGGAGGGUCUUUGUCUGCAAUUAGUCUGGCAGUGCUCUCUAGUACUCCCAAGUCGCCAAGACAUCAGGUCGAAACAGAGUAGUUUAAGCUCGACGCAAAGGAGUGCUAGCUUCCCUCCAUGGGUGUGAUUCAAUGAUCUGCGCAGUAUGGCUCUAUACUUGUGGAUCAUUUUCAAUGCAUGGUCUAA